UUUCUUUCCAAUGGAAUUUAGGAGAAUUCAUGUGUAAGGCCGUGUAUUAUAUACAGAAUGUAUCAGCUAUUUGUUCCGUGUCAACGUUGACAGCCAUGAGUUUAGAGAGGUAUUAUGCUAUACUCCAUCCAGUCAGAUCAAAAUAUGUGUGUACUGUUGGAAGGGCAAAGAAAGUUAUUUGUAUUUUAUGGAUAGCUUCUUUGGUUUUAGCAUGUCCUAUACUCUAUGGGAGGGAGUACCAUAUCGUACAUGGCAUUAAUCGGGAGGCAAUUUGGUGCAGAAAGAUCUGGAAUUCAUUUGCUAUAUCUGUUGCCUAUGAAAUCUACAUGAUUUAUAUUCUAUUGCUAGUACCUGUUAUUAUAAUGACGUUUGCGUAUGUAAAUAUAUGCCUCGAAUUGUGGCAUAUUUCAUCAUUUCAAAACAGACAGCAACGCAGGUUAACCUCAUCGAAUGGCUCAAAUACAGAUACAGAUAGUUCUCCAUAUUUAGUACCUCGAAAGUCACGUGAUGAUAAUAAAAGUAAAAAGCAGGUCAUAAAAAUGUUGGUUGCUGUGAUUGUAAUUUUUAUCAUUUGUUGGGCACCAUUACAAAUCAACAAUGUUUUAAUCGGAUUUGAAGUUUUACCAGAUCUCCAUGAAGGCCACCAUAAACAUAUUCGCGAAGCUUUUUACAUUAUGGCAUAUGCCAACAGCAGUAUUAAUCCUAUCAUAUAUACAUUCAUGUCGAAAAAGUUUAAGGAAACAUUUAAAAAGACCAUAUGUGCUUGUGUUUUAUGGAGACGCGGAACUAGCCGAUCACAAACGUAUCGGUACGCGACAGAACUUAGAGACGAAGGAAGUAAGACGUGUCAUACGUCACUUGUCAAUCAUAAAAAUGUUAUUGAAAUGAACUCGUAUGGAUCGCAGAGAUCAUCAAGCCCCUCACAUGUGUAGAAGGUAACUCGUAUGGAUAGCAGAAACCAUUAAGUCCUUCACAUAUGUAGAAGGUGACAAGAGCCAUGCACAGUUUAUUAUUAUCUUGAAACUAUAAGAAAGCAAUUGUUUCAUUGUUGAUAUACUUGAGCUUAACGUGGCAAAAUAGUAUCUACGACGUCAAAGCUCAACAAAUUACAGUAAAACAAUGUUAUGCAGCGUGAUCUGGGCAGACGAUUUUCAUUCACAAAUAGUAAAAUAUGAAUUAUUAUAGUCAUAUUCAUUUCUAUUUCGUGGUCUAAAAUGAUAAUACUCUUGAAAUUCACAUAACUGUUUAUGAUUUCGGUACGAUUGUGAAACAUAAGAAAAUUGUGUUAUAUAUGAAUGAACUGCAAAAACUAAUUAGCUUGACAAUAUAUCAAAUAAACAUAGAAUUAAUAUUAAUCUAUGUAAUUAAAUAAGUGCAUUUCAUGAAAUCAGCCGUGAUUUAUUGUGAAAGAAAUCCUUCGCCAGCUGUAGCUCUAAUAAAAUGAAAGCCUCUUCAGCUUAUAAUACUAAUACAGUUUGUAAUCGUGUUGUAUUUCAAAGCUUCGUACGGCAAUUAAAACAACAUAUCUAAGGAUUCUGUGUAUGUCUAUCAGGCGAAGUCUUAUAAACAAAGAUUGAAUUAUUUCG